AUGGGCAGAAAUUUGCCAGCACCUGUGCCCUGUAAAGUGUGCGGAGAUCGAUCAUACGGAAAACAUUAUGGAGUGUAUUGUUGCGAUGGUUGCUCUUGUUUCUUCAAAAGAAGUGUCCGAAGAAACGUUAUUUACAAUUGCAUAUCUGGCAACGGAAGGUGUGUAGUGGAUAAAGCUCGGCGAAAUUGGUGUCCAUAUUGCCGUCUACAGCGCUGUUUCUUUGUUAAAAUGGAUGUUUCAGCGGUUCAAGAAGAGCGAGGUCCGAGAAAACCCAAAUUAUAUUGCAAAGAAGCGUCAGAAAGCUUUACUUCGUUAACUCACAUAUUCCUCAUCAGCAUCAAGCAGAUCAGAUCCAAUUCCGGUUUCGGCCUGUUAAAUAGAAUAUCCCAAAAUAUUAUUUUGGAGCGAGUUUGGGCUCCGGUUUUUAUUUUCCGACUUACGAACUCGUCUGUUUCGUUAGAAAAAAGAUUUCCGUGGCUCAAUCCAAUACUAAAGCGGAUGUUGGUGCUGAAUAUGGACUGUAUCGAACGGGAACUAUUAGAAAAUAUAUUAUUAUGCCGCGCGGAUUUAAUAGAAGAUGCGAAGCAGUCGUCAUUGGCCAAGGAUUUGCAAGAAAGAGCUACGGACGGCCUGGCUCUCAGAAAUAUAGCCAAUAAAAGGAGAUUUAUGAAUAUUAUUUUGUGUCUGCCGCUGCUGUUUAAUCCCAGUGCUGAAUAUUUGUACACUACGCUAUUUAAACCGAUAAUCGGAAAUGUUACUGUUGAAUCUGUAAUUUCUACUAUUUAA